CAAGAAAAAAAAAAUGCGCGAGUAUAAAGACAAACAAACCAGAAACUUAUUAGAUUUUUUUUUUUUUUGCUUGAGGAAGAAUCCAGAAACAAAGAAACCAUCGAUAGUUAGGUAUGGGUUGGGUCUGGAGAGACGAUUCAUCCGUUUCCAACGACGCCGGUAAUGAUUCCACCGAUCAACCGCCACGAAAUUCCGCCGCCGACGGCAAUUGCUCCACCACGACGGUGGUGAGAUCAAAGUGCAAGACGGAGGAGGUGGAGCCUGGAAAGUUCGUCAGGAAGUGCGACAAAACCGAGGAGAUCCUCCGCCACUGUUUUGGCAAGCCCUCUGAAGUUGUUCAAUCCACGACAGAGCACACGGAAGAGGAUGUCACAGACCAGAUAGUGCGUGGUGGAUCUUCUCCCGCAAAUCAGUUUGAGGAAAACCCCUUAAACUUCCCGGGGCUCCGAAGCGACUUAGACGACAUCGAACGCCAUUUCUUUAGCGGGAUGAAGAGUUUCUUUGACGCAGCAGAAGAGAUGAAGAGCAGCUUGUUUGACAUCAUGGGGGAUUAUGACUCCAACAACACCGUGAGAGGGAUACCACCCAUUCAAGACCAUCCGAAGAUAGACGACGAAAAUGCCGCAACUAGACAGCCUUUCUCCUCUGGAGAAAUUGAUCUCUCGGGCUUGGCCAAGGACGUUUGAGAAUAUGUCUUCUUCUUCUUCUUGUUCUUUCUUUGACAUAAUAAUAACUUUCAAAUAUGUAAUGUGAUUCCAUUAUAAGCGUGGGGGAUCGUCGUCUAAUGUUAGUGGUGGCUAUUCUCUAAUUCUCUUAUCAUUACUCUUUGUUUUUAAUCAUACCAGCCAAAAACAUAUUUAUUACCUUCA